GCAUGACAACAAUAUCACUGAGUUGUCAAUGUGCCAAUGGAUGAAGAGCUGAUUAGCUUCAGUAUCAGUAGAUGGCACGGUGAAGAUACGGGAAGAACGCAAGGCAUCACAUGUUGCUUUAGAAUGCACUCUUCAGCCCCCAUACGAACAUGGUAAUUCUCGGGGAGGAGUUUGCUCAACCAAAGCUUACCAUUUUUGAAAUUUCACCGAAGGUUUCUGAUGCAGUUCAGGCUAGAGCAGAGCAAGACAAAUAUCACGGAGUAAUCCUCCUUCUAGAAGGUCUGGCUGAGAGCAUUCCUGAAAUCCAUGCACUCUUAAAGGAAAUUCACAUUUUGCUCCAACAAGGUGUUGCUGCUGAUAAGAUAUUUGUUCAUCUUUCACCAUGGGCUUCUACUUUAGUUGAAUUUCUACCACCAUUUAUCAGAAGACAAUUGCUUCCUUACGCUGAACCUGAUGACUCAACACAGUCGUCUCAGAUUGGGACCAAGAAGAUCCUAGCAUAUCCUAUGGAAGCAAAGAUAAACAAAUUUCAGAAAGAAAUCACACAGGAAAGGAAAAAAUAG